UACUCUCCCAUGUCUCUAUGUAGUAUUGAUAGUGAUAAUAUACGAUCAGUGAGAAAUCUUCAUGCUGGCGUGUUUCCAGUCCAGUAUUCUGACGCCUACUUCCAAAAGGUACAAAACAAUGACUUAUGUGCUGCCAUAGUAGUAGAUGGAGAGUGUUUGGGUGUAGUUUGCUGUAAGACUGAGAUUGUUGGCUGCACCAAGACGCUUUACAUCAUGUCACUAGCAGUCCAUCCACUAUAUCGAUGCCGUGGGAUAGGAAGCAGGCUUCUAGAUUUUGCCAUGAGUAAAGCCGAAAGUCAUCAUGUGUCAAUAGUAAGACUACACGUACAAGUAAGCAUCACUAAAAUUGACUUAGAACAGAAGCUGUUCAGUCUUCUCAGUAGAUUUCGGUAA